AUGGGGUGCUGCCCAGGGGACUGCUUCGCCUGCUGCCCUCAAGACCAAGACUGCUGUGAAGCGUGCGGCUGCCAGCCCGCCUGCUGCGGCUGCUGCGGCCCCUGCUGCGGCUCCUGCUGCGGCCCCUGCUGCGGCUGCGGGGGCUCCGGCUGCGGCUCCUGCGGCGGCUCCUGCUGCGGCUGCGGGGGCUCCGGCUGCGGGGGCUGCGGCUGCGGGGGCUGCGGGAGCGGCUGCUGCGGCUCCGGCUGCUGCGGCUCGUCCGGGUGCUGCGGCCCCGUCUGCUGCCAGCCUACGCCUGUUUGCGAGGCGAAGUGA